AACCUGCUGCAGGCGACGACGACGAGGGCGCGCAACGAUGACCGAGGGUGACGGUCUGUGACUCGACGGCGAGCGGUUCAAAGGAAGGGCAGUGCGGGGCAGCAGAAGAACCAGGGUGGAACCCUACUCCCCGAACCAUAGCAGACCAAACACCCUUUCCAGACCUUGUGAAAAUAUUUGAGAUAACACUUAGGUUGGAAUAUCAACGUCACAAAACAGGCCCAUAUAUCUUCCUGGAGAAUCUUUAGGAGAAUGCCUUGCACUAGCUGUUGCAGCACUUAACCCUGAUAUUGAUUUUGUAUCAAUUUUCGCAAAACCCAGGUGCAGGAAACUGAUGAAAGAAGAGUGCAACAAAUGGUUAAGCUCAAGUUGGAAUCAAAAUUUGUGGCCUGUUCUUUUAACCCAUGUUACCCAUUUAGGAGUAUGUUUUUUCUUCGUUUUGUCCACAGCAUGAUCAAUUCCUAUCAAUCUAUACUUCAUUCCAAUCAGCUUCUAAAUGGGUUGUCAAAAUCUGGUCAAAUUGAUGUUGCCCGAAAAUUGUUUGAUGAAAUGACUAAAAGGGAUGAGUAUUCAUGGAACACCAUGAUAUCUGGUUAUGUUAAUGCGGGAAGAUUGGUUGAAGCAAGAGAACUGUUGAAUGGGUUUUCAAGCAGAAGUUCUAUCACUUGGUCCUCCCUCAUAUCGGGGUAUUGUAGAUUUGGGUGUGAAGAUGAGGCUUUUGGUUUGUUUAGGUCAAUGAGGUUGGAGGGACAAAAACCAAGCCAAUACACUUUAGGAAGUAUCCUGAGGGUGUGUUCUGCAUUGUGUUUGAUCCAAAAUGGAAAAAUGAUUCAAGGGUAUGUGGUGAAGAAUGGAUUUGAGUCCAAUGUGUAUGUUGUCACUGGCCUUGUUGACAUGUAUGCAAAGUGCAGGCAUGUUUCGGAAGCCGAGAUUCUCUUCAAGAGUUUGGCCUUUGACAAGGGAAAUCAUGUCCUGUGGACUACCAUGGUUACUGGUUAUGCUCAAAAUGGCGACAGCCUUAAGGCAAUUGAAUUUUUUUGUUAUAUGCAUGCAGAAGGGGUUGAGUCUAAUCAGUUUACAUUUCCUAGCAUAUUGACAGCAUGUUCUGCAGUUUCAGCUCUUUGUUUUGGAGAACAAGUGCAUGGUUGUAUUGUGCGGAAUGGUUUUGGGUGCAAUGUAUAUGUUCAGAGUGCAUUGGUUGACAUGUAUGCAAAAUGUGGACAUUUAACUAGUGCAAAAAGGGUAUUAGAAAAUAUGGAUGAUGAUGAUGUUGUUUCAUGGAACUCUAUGAUAGUUGGUUGUGUAAGACAUGGGUUUGAGGAGGAAGCUCUUCUCUUGUUUAAAAAAAUGCAUGCAAGAAAUAUGAAGAUUGAUGACUAUACAUUUCCAUCUGUUCUGAAUUGUUGCAUAAUAGGUACAAUUGAUGCAAAGUCUGUUCACUGUUUGGUUAUCAAAACUGGAUUUGGGAACUAUAAGCUUGUUAGCAAUGCUAUUGUUGAUAUGUAUGCCAAAACUGGAGAGUUGAAUUGUGCAUAUGCUGUAUUUGAAAAGAUGCUUGAGAAAGAUGUCAUCUCUUGGACCUCCCUCGUCACAGGUUAUGCACAAAAUGGCUCCCAUGAGAAAUCCUUGAAGAUUUUUCGUGACAUGAGAAUUGCUUGGGUAAAUCCUGAUCAAUUUAUUGUUGCAAGUAUUUUGAGUUCCUGUGCAGAACUGACUCUUCUAGUAUUUGGUAAACAAGUGCAUUCUGACUUUAUUAAGUCAGGUCUAAGAUCAUCACUAUCAGUAGAUAAUUCUCUUGUAACCAUGUAUGCAAAAUGUGGCUGCCUGGAUGAUGCUGAUGCAAUUUUUGUUUCAAUGCAUGUCCGGGAUGUAAUUACUUGGACAGCUCUUAUUGUUGGUUAUGCACAGAAUGGUAAAGGAAGACAUUCCUUAAGAUUCUAUGAUGCUAUGGUUUCAUGUGGCACGAAACCAGAUUUUAUCACGUUUAUAGGAUUAUUAUUUGCUUGUAGUCAUGCAGGUCUUGUGGAGGAAGGACGUGCAUAUUUUCAGCAAAUGAAAGAGAUUUAUGGAAUAAAAUCUGGCCCUGAACAUUAUGCUUGCAUGAUUGAUCUUUUUGGACGCUCAGGAAAGCUCAAUGAGGCCGAAGAAAUACUAAAUCAAAUGGAAGUGAAACCUGAUGCCACUGUAUGGAAGGCACUCCUUGCCGCAUGUAGAGUGCAUGGUAACCUAGAAUUGGGAGAGAGGGCAGCUACAAAUCUUUUUCAGUUGGAGCCCAUGAAUGCUAUGCCUUAUGUUAUGUUGUCUAACAUGUAUUCUGCAGCUCGUAAAUGGGAUGCUGCUGCGAAAAUACGAAGGUUGAUGAAAUCAAAAGGAAUAGUGAAGGAGCCUGGAUGUAGUUGGAUAGAGAUGAACAGCAAAGUGCAUACAUUCAGUUCAGAAGAUAGAGGACAUCCAAGGGAAGCUGAGAUUUAUUCCAAGAUUGAUGAAAUUAUAGUAAGAAUUAAGGAAGCUGGUUAUGUUCCAGAUAUGAAUUUUUCCUUGCAUGAUAUGGAUAAGGAGGGAAUGGAGGUUGGUCUUGCUUACCACAGUGAAAAAUUGGCUGUUGCUUUUGGAUUACUCGCUUCUCCACCUGGUGCAUCAAUUCGGAUAUUUAAGAAUCUCAGAGUUUGUGGAGAUUGUCAUUCCGCUAUGAAAUAUAUAUCAGGAAUUUUCGCUCGUCAUAUCAUUUUGAGAGAUUCCAAUUGUUUUCAUCAUUUUAGAGAAGGAAUAUGUUCUUGUGGGGAUUACUGGUAGGAUUUCGUUUUAUUCUUAAUACUUGUCCUUCAGUUUGAAGAUGAAUUGGUAUUAGACAGUUUCAAGCUUAUCGGGCAUUGUUACACAAAAUUUGCUCUUUUUCUGUUGUCCUAUCAUGGAGAGGGUAAGCUCAUUAUUAUUUCAAUGUUUGAAGUGAGUAAAUAUACAUGAAGAAAUAGACCUUGUUCUAGAAUAUUAAGAACUUAAUAGACAUUUUCCUUCUAA